AUGACUGCGAAACAAACUCCCGAGUUUACGUUGAGACUUCGAGCUUCCACUUUAUCACGUAGAGCAAGAGAAGCCGCUGAUUACUCGGAAAAGUCCAAUAAUAAAAUCAAAAAAACAAUUGACGAAACUACCAAAAAAUCUAAACCAGAAAGAACGACUAAUCCCAAAAGUUCAACUCUCACCUCCUCUCCCACCUUAAAAAGAACCAGAAGAGGUAAAAUGUGUAGUAAUGCUGAUAGUGAUGAUGACGGUGAUGACGGUGAUGACGAAGAUCCUUCUACUACAACAGACACUACAACUAAUGUAUCUAAUAAGGGUAAAAGCAAGGUGAAAACAAAACCAUCAAACAAAGGAAAAUCAAGAUCAAGUAGUAGUAGUAAUAAUAAGGGAAAGGCAAAAUCAGAUUAUGAAUCUGAACAAACAAUGAAUAAUGAAUCUAGUAAGGAAAAUAAAAAAAAAUCCAAGGCAUCUAAAUCUAAAAAGAGAAAGAAGGUAGAGGAAGAAAAAGAGGUAAAAUUAGAGCCGUAUGAUCCAAUUCUUGUAAAAGAGCUUGCAAAUGAAUUUCCCGAUCGGUACUGGGAAUUUAAUGCUGAAAGUGGCUAUGGAAUGGUCAAUUAUAUUAACGAGCAAUAUCCGCUCGAAUUAAUUAAAGCAGGUGUACAAGAUCAAGGUCCAAUUACUGGAAUGAUCCUUUCACCUGAUGGCACAAUGCUUGCCACAUUUUGUAAUAUUGGUUGUGUGAGAAUAUGGGAUGUAAAUGAUUUUCAAAUGCUCCAAAAAUUAAUAGAUACAGAGGAAAAGCAAAUUGAUGAAUAUUAUGUUGGAAGAUUUAUUCCAAGUCAAACACAUAUUGUUGUUGGAGGAAAAGUGAAAGAUCGUCACAAGUGGUCACCCGCUGACGAAGAUAAUCAUAUUUUACCUUGUCCUUUAAAGAUAUUUGAUGUAAUCACAGGAAAAUGUAUUGGCAAACUUGAAGGUCAUGCCGAAGAAAUAUUGUGUAUUAAAACUCUUAUGUUCAAUGGAGAACCUUAUUAUAUAACCAGUAGUCAAGAUGGCUAUAUUAUCAAAUGGAAAAUGGAAGAUGACUGGAUCACUCUCAUUGAUAAAAAACAUAUGGCGGAUGGGAUUACUUGUAUGGCCUUUACUGUUUCAUUUGUUCCUAACACUGGAAAUAAAUAUUUCUUGGCUGCUACAGAUGACACUUGCGUGCAAUCUUUUGAUAGUAUGUAUACUCAGUACUGUGACUGUGGAAAAUUUAUUAAUCCCGUUGAACCUAUGGAAGAAAAAGUAGAUGAUGAUGUAAUACUGGUGGAGUCUAGUAAAAAGGCUAAAAAAAGAUCACUGCCACCUCAAACUGCCUAUUAUGUGACUCGUGGUGUUGAAUUGUUAGAUCUUAAUGGUUCUCUAAUAGCAUCACGACAGAAUGUUUGUAAAUUAUUUAAGUUGAUAUAUCCAACCAAAAAAGGUGGUAAAUUUGAAUUAAAAGAAUAA